AUGAACGUGCCUCCGCCUCCUCCUCUUCACCACAACCGCACGUCCUACGCCAGCUACGCCAACGUGCCGCCGCCACCGCAGCCGCAACAGCAGUACCAGCCAUCGUUUCAGCCCGGCGCGCCUGGAGAGAUCAUCGUUAGCCCGCCGCACUUUGAGCAGCCGCUUGUUGCCCCACGACCUUCACGAGCAGACCCACAACAGGCAGCAAACAUGGCCCAAGCGCUCGACAACCAGCUGAACCAGCCGCCGCCCAGCUACGGACGCGGCCCGUCACCGGCGCCUACUUUCCAGAUGCCCGUCCCAGGCGGCGGCGGGCGCAGUAUCUCGCCCUUGCCACCGCCCAACGGAUCCGACUGGAGUCCGUGGAAUAUCACUCGCAGCCCUUCGCCCGGCGCAUCACUGGCGGGCCCGAUGGGGAGCAUGUCCAUCGGAUCGCCCUCGCCGCCCGGACAGCCGCCCACGCCAGCGAUCAGCCAGGACGGCACGGCGCUGACGGCUCCACUGCCGACGCUCUCGUCGCUCAUCGCUGGGCUCGGUACCGGCCAGAACCCCGCCGCGCCGCCCCACGCUCGGCUCGCUUGGGCACGCGACGUCCUCGUACUCGCCGAACGACUCGCCGCGCCGCCGGCAGAUGCUUCGACGCCGCAACCUGGUCCCGCGGACCCGCCCACCGGCCCGAUCCCCGUCUCUGAUCCCGAGCUGCAGCGUCUGAUUGACGUCGCUGUACCGUUGGUCUUGCAACUGGCCAGCACGCCCUCGCAGAACCAGCAAUUGCCGCUCUACGUAGCCGAAGCGCUCUACUGGCGCGCAGCCCUCGAGUCCUCCGGCGCACACCCGACCCACGUCCAACAAAAUCCUCGCGCAGCCUUCCGCGACUUCGAGAAAGCCGCUCGAGCCGGCUUUCAUAGGUCAUGGUUCCGCUUGGGGCGGGACUACGAGGGCUUCAACGACGCGCAGCAUGCCAGAGACUGUUUCGAGCGCGGCGCCAAGCGCGCGGACGAGAGCUGUCUCUAUCGAUUGGGCAUGGCGCAUUUGCUCGGACAGCUGGGCUUGCCGCCCAAUCCGGCCCAGGCUUUACCGCUCUUGCAACGCUCGGCUACACUCGCUACGACUAGCGUGCCACAACCCGCUUAUGUCUUCGCUUUGCUCUUGUUGGGACAGUUCGCGCCCGCGCAGAUUCCGCCGCAUAUGAUACCCGCUCCCGAGGCCGAAGCGAGGAGACACCUCGAGCGCGCGGCGUACCUCCAUUACGCGCCUGCGCAGUACAAGCUCGGACAUGCGUACGAGUUUGCGGAGCCGCCGUUCGCGUUUGAUCCGUUGUUGAGCGUGCAGUAUUAUUCGCUUGCGAGCCAGCAGGGGAGCACGGACGCGGAUAUGGCGCUUAGCAAGUGGUUCUUGUGUGGGGCUGAGGGCGCGUUUGAGAAGGAUGAGGGUCUGGCGUAUACGUUUGCGGAGAAGGCGGCGCGGAAGGGGUUGCCGGCUGCCGAGUUUGCUAUGGGAUACUACGCCGAGGUUGGCGUUGGUGGAGAGUGGAACGCUGACAUUGCGAGGAAGUGGUAUGAACGCGCUGCACAACACGGCAACACAGACGCAUCCGACCGUCUCGCCGCCCUCGCCGCCUCCCAACAACUUUCCCGCGAAGCCCACGCGCAACUAACAGAAGCAACCCUCGUCCGCAAACGCACGCAAGCCAAGAACCGCUCCGACGCCCGUCCUCCCUCCGAUGGUCCUCCACAGCCCAUCCCAGCACAGAACGGACAACAGAUCAUCGCGAAUGUGCGCAAGAACUCUGUGAGGAGGCCGCAGGGACAGGGCAGGAUGCAGCAGCAGCAUCCUGGUGCGCCGAUGGAGCCUAUCAGGGAGACAUCUGUGGGAUCGCCCGCGCCAAUGCAGGGUCCGCCGAUGCCGCAGGGUCCUCCGAUGCCACAAGGUCCUCAGGGUGGUCCGGGGCGCGGAAGGCCUCCCGCGGGCGGUCCUCAACAGCAUGGGCGCUACACCACCUCUCCCGGUCCCGCACAGCCACCAAACGGUCCUCAGCGCGCACGGCCAGAUGCAGCGCGCUACACGCUCUCUGAUGCGCCUCCGCAAGGGCCACCGCCACAGCAGAGGCCGAGUCCGCAGGGCAGCCCGCGUAUGCAGGCGGCACAGUCGCAGGGCCCGCCGUCGGGGAGGCAGACGCCGCAGGGUGGGCCGGGCGCUGGUGGGAGGCAGGGGAGCGGAGGGACGGUUAUUCCGCGUCCGCCGCCUGGGAAGGGGCCGGCUACGUUCCAGGAGAUGGGGAUUAGUAGCGCGAAGAUUGAGGAGAAGGAGUGCAUCAUUAUGUAG